AUGUUGUGAGUUGUUACCACCCACUUCUAUUUCUCUUUCACUCCCACUCCCUAUUUGCACAGUGACACUCUUUUUGUUCAUCUCUUUCAUGUAAGAACCCACUCUACUACUUCUUUAUUCGCAUCUCCUGAAACUCUCCCUUUUUUGGUUUAAAAAGCAAAACACUGAGAAAAAGGGGGGAAAAAAGUAAACAAAAGUUCGCUUCAACUUCCAAAUCAUUUUGCCUUCGUUUUUCUUUUUUCUACAGAGAAAAUGAGAGUCGAGUUGAAAAUCAGACUUUUUACGUUACUUUUGACGCUGCUUUGUAUGUGUAAAAGUUCGUUUGCUGGGUUACUUGCAGAACCGGCGCAGCCAUUGAAGCCGGGUGAUUACGGUUCUAACACUGUUCCAGCUUUUCCGGUUCAGACUGAGUCACAGAUAUGCCGGUUGGAUUUGUCCGACGAGUUAUUUGGUGGAGUUAGCGCGGCGUGCGGUCAGAACCUGGACCGAAGCCGUUGCUGUCCUGUACUGGCGGCUUGGUUAUUCGCGGCUCACGCGCGUUCAGCUUUGCAAGUUUCAGGGUCGGCUGCACCUGCAAGUUCCGAUUUGCCGAUGAUGCCGGAUGACUCGCAGAAAUGCGUUAAUACGCUUCAGAAUUCUCUUCAGAGCCGUAAUAUCCAUCUCCCCCAACCUAAUGGUACAUGUGACGCCGUUUUGUGUUUCUGUGGUAUUCGUCUUCAUCAGAUUACCUCCCUUAGUUGUCCGGCGGCGUUCAAUCUCACCGGCUCGAAGAAUGCAACUCCGACCGCCGCCGUCAGAAAUCUCGAGAAGAAUUGCCGGAACUCUUCUUAUUCCGGUUGUACUCGGUGUCUCGGUGCUUUACAUAAGCUCAACGGCGACGGUGGAAAAAAUCGAACGCACAAAUGGGAUGUAACCGGCGGGGAUAGAGUGAGCAAGAUGUUAAGCAGAGACUGUCAGUUGAUGGGAUUGACAUGGUUACUGGCACGCAACAAAACGGCGUACAUACCGACGGUUUCUGCUGUAUUGCGCGCUAUCAUGUACAGUGCGCACCCACCGCACGAGUCCAAGUGUAGCCCGGACCAGGAGAACAUGCCACUAGCCGUCGAUUCACUACAGUUUGAUAAAACGGAUUCAUCUUCACCGUUCGUUGGCGUUUCUGGUUUUGUUAUUUUGUUUACUUUUUUGCCCCUAAUCAUUCUACUGAAUUAGAGAUGAUGAAAUCGCUCUGUUAUUUUGCUCAUGUGAUGUGAUUUCGGGGGAUUCACGUGAAAUAUUUGCUAGUUGACAAAAUCAGAAGAGGGGGGGUGAAAAAGGGGUUAUUUUGUCUUUUUGCCUCACUGUAAAUUCAGGUUACUAUUUGCAAGACAAUCUCCUUUUAACAUCUUUUUAUGUGAAUCUCUUGUUUCACUUUUGAAA